GUGACUGGUCACGUGGUCUUCCAACAUGGCCGUACCCUCUCGGAGUCAGCAGGGCCAGUUUAAAUGACGAGCCGCAGAUUCAAACUGACGACUUGAGACGCAGCCAAAGGAGCUUUUAGGUAAAACCUGUCGCUUCUUCAGCCCCGCAGACAUGAGCAACAACGACUUUAUCCUCCCCAAAGACUUUCCUGAGCUGAAGAAUGAUACAUUCCUGCGAGCGGCGCGAGGAGAAGAACCCGAACACGUCCCGGUCUGGUGCAUGAGACAGGCUGGGAGGUAUUUACCAGAGUUCCGCGAGAUCAGAGCUGGGAAGGACUUUUUUGACACAUGCAGGUCUCCUGAAAACUGCUGUGAGCUCACCCUGCAGCCUUUGAGGCGUUUUCCCUUCGACGCUUCCAUCAUCUUCUCUGACAUCCUGGUCAUCCCACAGGCCAUGGGAAUGGAAGUCCAGAUGCUGACCGGCAAAGGUCCGACGUUCACCGACCCACUGAAGGAACCCGAGGACCUGCAGCGCCUCCGGGCCAAGGUGGACGUCAACAAAGAGCUGGACUACGUCUUCAAAGCCAUCACUCUGACCAGACACAAGAUCGAAGGGAAAGUGCCGCUCAUCGGCUUCACGGGCGCGCCGUGGACCCUGAUGUCGUACAUGAUCGAAGGCGGCGGCUCCACCACCCACUCCAAAGCCAAGCGCUGGCUGUACCGCCACCCAGACUCCAGCCACAUGCUGCUGAAGAUGCUGGCCGACGUGAUCGUGGAGUACCUGGUGGGACAGGUAGCGGCCGGGGCGCAGGCCCUGCAGGUGUUCGAGUCGCACGCCGGCAUCCUGGGCCCCGUGGAGUUCAGGGAGUUCUCCCUGCCGUACCUGCGGGACAUCGCUCGCCGCGUCAAGGACAGACUUAAGGAGAAGGGACAGGAUGUUCCGAUGAUUGUGUUUGCGAAGGAUGCUCACUACGCCUUAGAGGAGCUUUCUGAGUCUCACUACGAAGUGGUGAGCUUGGACUGGACCAUUGACCCCCGAUCAGCAAGGGAACGCACUGGAGGGAAGGUCAGCCUGCAGGGAAACAUGGACCCCUGCGCUCUGUAUGCGCCAAAGGAACAGAUUUCGGACGUGGUGAGGAAGAUGCUGGAGGGUUUCGGAACCAGGGGCUACAUCGCCAACCUCGGCCACGGCCUGUACCCCGACAUGGACCCGGAGAACGUCGGCGCCUUCGUCGACGCCGUGCACCAGCACUCUAAGCUUCUAAUCAAACAAAAAUGAAGACAGGAAUAGAGGAUGUAUAUUGCUGAUGAUGUAGAAAAGAAUGCAUUAUUUUAUUGAAAAUCAUGUAUGUGUUUUUGAAUACAGAUUAUCGCCCGAAA